CUCCGCCAGGGCCAGAGCGACUCGCCCGUGAUGCUCCACGUGCCGUACGUCGACCAGCACCAGCACGCGUCCCCGACCGCGUCGUCGCCCCCGACCGCGUUCCCGCGGCGGCACUCGCCCCCCGCCGCCGACAGCGCGCUGCGCUACUCCCCGUACCCGAGCCCGCUCUCCGUGUCCGCGGGCCGGAGCGCGAGCGCGGGCGGCCGCGAGCGCGACGCGGCCGCGGUGGGCGAGACCAUCCGGCUGCCGCCGAUCCAGCCGCCCCGCCGGCGGUCGAGCGACGAGCCCGGCUCGUUCCAGCUCCCGCCCAUCUCGGCGAUGGACCACCCGCACGACGCGCGCGCGCACGAGGCCCCGCUCGCCGUCCUGCGCCGCCUGCAGGCCGCCGACGAC